ACUUAUAUGUUAAUGCACCAGCCAUUGAAAAUUUGAAUUUGUUACUAUGGCUUCUUCAUGGUUUCUCAAACUGGUUUUCAAAUGCCUUCAUCACUUAGCAUGGCUUCUUCUUGCUCUGGUGUAUCCUAUGUGUGCUUCCGUACACGCAAUGGAGACUGAUUCCUAUGAAGAAACUAAGCAUUUGAUCUCAUAUUGGAUACUUCUUUCAUUAAUUUACCUCUUUGAGUAUGCUUUUAUGAGCCUUCUUCCAUGGUUUCACCUUUGGCCGUACAUUAAGCUAAUGAUCGUCUUCUGGCUCAUCAUGCCUGACUUUGGACGAGCUUCUUAUGUUUAUCAUAAUCUUAUUUGCUCCAUGAAACCGCAAAUAGUCACAUACUGGAGGAAUUGUUUUGUAGAGAAAGAUAACUUUUUAAUGCAUGCAGAGAGAUAUAUGAAAGAGAAUGGAACUGAGGCCUUAGAGAAACUCAUUGCUAGUAAGAACACAAUGUGUAGGCCUGAUGCAGACGUGUCGAAUGAAAUCAAAGCUGUUGAGAUGCUAAAGACAAAUGGGGAAAGACUCCAAACAGAACACAAAGGUUUGGAGGCUAUUGUGAAAAGAGAAAUUCCUGCAACCAAACAAAUGACCUAUGCUAAUAUUGAGGCAAGUCGAAAGGUAUCAUCAGCCAUAGUAGAAACCAAAGGAAUAAUGGGAAGAGACCCAGCUGGUGGAGAGAUUCCUCGGAGUUCUACACAGAAAGAAGUGCAGAAAGAGUGGACUUGUGCUUUGUGUUUGGUAAAAACAUCGAGCGAGAUAACCUUGAAUUCCCACCUCAAUGGGAGGAGACACAGGGAAGCUUGUGAAGCAGCAUCCGCAACUUUGAAAGCAAAGAAGCAACCUGCUUCGCAAAAGAACGUCCUGCCAGAACCUUUUAGGAUGAUUAAUUCCAAAUUAAUAUGUAAAGUUUGUAAUGUUAUGCUUCCAAGUGAGGAGUGCAUGGCCUCUCACAUAAAAGGGGUGAAGCACUUGUCUAAUAUGAAAAGUUGAUUGUUACUUUAGAAUCAUAGCCAUGCCACAGGGACAUUGCUUGAAAGUUGAAAGUAUGUAGAAAUCCUUCUUGACAGCAUUUGCUGGUUAUCCAAUCACACUUCUGGUGCAUAUAUAUUGAUCCU